AUGUACGAGGAAGUCUUGUUAAAGUAGAAUAGAAGUCUUGAAGAAAUUAAAGUACCAUUUGCAACCUGCGAUAUAAGUCAAUUCAUUUUCCCAGAUGAAAAAGACAUAGCUAAUUUCGAUGUAUAUCCAGAUUCUGCAAUCUAAGGAGUAUUUGAAGCUAAAUGUACAGAUAAAUACUCUUAUUUAAAUAGGAAUUUAGCGCCUGGAUAAGUUUGUGAAAAUGAUUGGUAAUGCGUGUCUAGUAAUUGCAAUGAAUUUAGAUGUCAAGGACAUGAAGAAGGAUUAUUAUGUCAAAGUGAUAAAUAAUGUGAAAAGGGUCUUUUUUGUGAUAGUUCCACCAAUACUUGUGCAAAACUGAAGGCAGAUAAUGAGAUCUGCUACAAAGAUGAAAUGUGCUUGAUAGGCUCUAUAUGUGCAAAUUCGAUUAUUCUAAUAUAAUAAAGCCAAAAUGGAGUGUCAACCUUAAUUCCUUCAGUAAAUCUGAAUUAAAAAAAAUGCCAAAAAAUGUUUAGUUUGAAAGUCGGUGAGUAUGCAUAAACGAAGGAGUUAUGCCAAACUGGCAUCAUAAAAAAUUUAGUGUGCAGGAACAUUACCUCAGUUACAUAUGAUGGGAAAAUAAUAGAAGAACCAUUUAAAUGCAUAGCUAAUAGCAGUACUCACAUUGUCACACUUCCUAAAGAGGUGAUAUUUCUUCUUGGUUAUCAUGCUUUACUGAAAAAAGAGAGGGAUAAUUCAGGUAGAGUUUAUAAAGUUAUCUUGAUUUAUAAACUGAGAUGA